AUCGAUUCGUGGAGUGAGCCUUGUGUGGUAACCAUUCUUCAAGCUUUGCCUAUAUCUAGACAAGUGUAAACGAAUGCAUACUGGCUCGUCGAACCCAGCCAGCAUCCACGCAGUUUCAAUUGAAAAUGAGUAGCCCGGCAGCCCCCUCACGGGCGCAAGUCCUCAAGCUCUACCGGCAGUAUUUGAGCACCGCGCAGUCAUUCUCCUCCUACAACUUCCGAACAUACUUUCUGCGGCGGUCGCGGGAUCUUUUCCGGUCCAAUCUGCUUCCUCCUUCACAAGCUGCAUCCUCGUCCCCCCACUCCAAGGCGGGCGACACGACAACGCCUGCAUCACCCGCGGCACUUACCAGUGCGCCACCAUCUAUCCUCACGUCAAAUACAGCGUCAUCAUCAUCUUCGCCAGGGUCAUCAUCAUCUUCCGCAGCAGCAGCAUCGCGCGAAGCAACAGGCGCCCACCAGCCGCAGCCAUCCGCGGCGCACAGCGAUGUGGAGCGCGUGACAGCGUUCUACCACACAGCGCUGAAGGACCUGCAGGUGCUGCGACGCAGCGCGCUCAUCAACCGUAUGUACGAAGGCGAGCGGCUCGUAGUCGAGCGGCCACGCUUGAUCGUCGGCGGUGGUAGAGCAGGCGUGGAGGCCUCCGUCGGUGGUGGGGGCCAGCCUGUGGCUGGCGGGCCCAACUCUCCGCCUAAGAGCGAUUAACUGACGAGAUGGAGCGUAUGGGCCUGGAAACCGAGAGAACGUCUCAUCCACUUGCAGCAUGUGUCAGCGGUUGUACAAUAUCAUGCUCGCACCCCUCGCUGGCCAUGUGCGAACUUAUGUUGUCUGGGAGAUGACAGCGCGGACAAAGCUGCAUGCUCUAGUCGGCUUCGGCCGAGCUUGAAUUUACCGCUUGCCCGCGAUAACGCUUAGAUGAUAUGGUACAAUGUUUGACCUUAACAAUGGGCUCGCUCGGACUCGAUAUGUGGUAUGCAUGGAUAUCGUACAUGUGGCUACGGAGCUGCUGCUGCGUAAAUCAGUGAGCUUGGGCCUGUACUUCCUCCAAGAACUUGAGAUA